UUUUCGCUGGCACACAGUCACACAACAGAAGAAGAACUAACCGGAAGCAUGCAACUGUCAGUUUUGUAACAACAAUCAAGCCCCGUAUUUUGAAUGACACGGCAGCAUGGAUCCGUUAGAGUCAGAGGGAGGUAAUGCUGCUGGUCCCGAUCCUGACCCUGGUCUGCAGCAGAAUCCCAAACCUGAACUUUCCGCAGCGAUGCGGGCUAAAAUAGAGAGGAACCGGCAGCGAGCGCUGAUGCUUCGGCAAGCCCGACUAGCGAGUCGACCUUUGUCCUCUGUGGAAGGCGCAACUUCGGCUAAAGUUUCCAAGACUAUUGACUCCGGUGCUGGUUUCUUUAUUGAGAAGGAGGACGAUGAAGAGGGGGAACAGCAAGACAAGAUGGUGGUGCAUCAGCCAGCUCCAGUGAUUGAGCCAGAGUACCUGCUGUGUGAUGAUUGUCAAAAGCCCUUCAUGGACUCCUUCCUCAGCAACAGCUUUGACUUGUCUGUGUGUGACAACUGCAGAGACAAUGAAGAGAAGCACAAGAUGAUCACCAGAACAGAGGCCAAGAAUCGCUAUCUGCUGAAGGACUGUGACUUUGACAAGAGAGAACCCCCUCUUAGGUUUAUACUGAAGAAAAAUCCCCAUAACCCACGCUGGGGAGAUAUGAAGCUCUACCUUCAGCUACAGGUGGAGAAGAGAUGUAUGGAGGUUUGGGGUUCGGAGGAGGCCCUGGAGGAAGCCAAAGAGACGAGGGAAGAAAACAGAGAGGUUCAAAAACAAAAACGCUUUAACAAGAAGGUUAAAGAGCUGCGCAGGGCAGUGAGGAGCAGUAUGUGGACCAAAAACACCAGCGCUCACCAACAUGAGUAUGGACCUGAGGAGGUGGUGGAUCCAGAGGAGGAUCUCUAUAAGAAAACUUGCACCACCUGCGGACAUGAACUUACCUACGAGAAGAUGUAGAUACUCAUGAACAUACAGACUGUUAAAUACAUGAGUCGACCGGAGCAAGAUGUUUGGUGCUACUACAGCUAACCUCACCUUUGCCAGGAGCUGUCAUGAUCAGAUCUGUCUGCAUUCCUUAUUUGUGAGUAUGUCAUUUUUAAUAUAUACACAAAUAAGUUCAAAUAUACUAUUUAAAAAAAGGGUUGGGGUUAGACCCAAGUGUAAUGUAUUCUCAAGUUUAAUGUACAAAAGAAUAAAACAAAGGAAAUUUAUUCCAGACACAAUUAUUAGCAUCUUUCACUAAUAUUUUGGUUGCAUAACCUUUAGCUUUUAGCCUUGUGUUUACUGUGUAAGCUGCCUGACUUCUUGUGGAAUCCUCUGAUAUUUUUCUUAGUUGAAGAUUUCACAUGAAAGCUGCAUGAUGGUGGAACAUUACAAGGUUUAGGGAGACAAACUGUAUAUAUGUAUGUGUGUGUGUGAGUGAGAGAGAGCGAGCAAUUACAACUGAUGGAACAACAGCUUCACCUUUGAGAAAAACAAAUUUAACAUUUACCUGUUAUUUCACUUAAUGUAAAUUAGGAUGCUAAUAACUUUGUCUGGUGCACAUUUUAUAAAGUUAGUACAAAAGGUAAGGAAAUUUAUGUUUGGACAAUUAUUUCUCCCCUUUAAUAAUACUAACUGGUGUUGUCAUACACAUAAUUGGAAAGUCUAUUUAUUCAUGUUUACAAAAACAUAUAACUUGUAAGGAUUAUGCUUUUGUAGAAUUGGCAUCGCAGCUAAGUGCUAUCAGGAAUGUGCCAAAAUCCCCUCCAGUAUUCUCAUGUUGGUGUUCACGCUUGUUUUGAGAUUCAAAUGCUAUCAUGUGUGUGUGAGUCGCUGAUGUAAGACUGGUACCUGAUUGGCACUUAAUUGAUAGACAUAUCAGAAACAGAUUUUGGAGCCAGUGACAAUCCCUUGUCUAGAAUUUGGGACCUAACUCCAUCCUCCAGGAUGACAACAGUCUCCCCCAUAGAAUCAUCACACAAUACCUGAGUCCAGAUCUGAACCCAACCCAAUGUCAGGGUGACCAACACAGCUACACUGGUUGAGGAAUGGGAUGCCCUCCCACAGCUAAUUGUGAUCAGGCUGGUGACCAGCAUGAGGAAGUGGCGCGAGGCUGUUAAGGGUGUAUCGAUCUUCCACAUGCUACUGAGGUCCCUGAUUGGGUAAAAUGAAUAAAAUAUAAAAAUGGACAGUGUAUUUUUCCUUAUUAGUGAGGGGGACAGUGCAGUCAUCCAAUCCACUAAGCAGCUCAAGACAAAUUUAGCACAUUUCUUGGGGCACUACCCACAUGUUUAGCUGUGCUGCUCAUUCCACAGAAGCAUGAUCCUUACAUGUUAUACCUUCUUGUAAACAUGGCUAAUCAGGCUUUUCAAUGAUGUGCAUGCCACCUCAUUUGAUACUAAUAAAAGGAAGAAAUCAACCAAACAAUUUUUUUAAAUUGUGCUUAUUUCAUAAAUGCCAGUAAUUUUUUUUUAUCAGCAUUGUCAAUGUAUCAUACUUUUACACUUCUUCAUGAUAUUAGGGGCAAAACAUCACUUUCCUGCAACUUAUCAAGAAGCGUUUACAUUUUUUCCUGAUUAACUUUCCUCAGCUCUAACUUUGACUCAAUCCCUGUACAUAUUUUUAGCAUUAACUUUGGAAAUUUUUUCCCCUUUUCUACACUUCCUAUCAGGGUUUCUGUCUUAGAACUUUGCAAAUCAAGGAAAGUGUGAUUAACUUGAAACUACUGUCUUGUAUAGAGCAGUGAAUCUGAUAUGGUGCCUUUUAAAAAAUGCUUUUGAGGAAAGCUUUUUUGGGUAUGUUUAGACAAGUGGGAAUUUUUUCAGAUGUGUAAAGCCUUAAAGUUUACUUCAUGUUACCUUUUUAGGACUUGUGUCCUAAACUGUAGGCUGAAAAUACAGGCAUUUCAUACAAUCAAUAAAAUCUAACUCCUCUGGCUCAGUUUACUUAAUCAAGUUGCAGCAAGACAUUUCAAUCUGUUAAUAGACAAAGUUGUGCUGAUUUGAUGAACCUAUUAGAUGGUAGACUUGUAAACAUGCCAUUAAUUGCCAAAUAAGUUAAAAAGUAAGAGCUAAUAAAGUUGUUCUUUUAGUGAACUUGAAAAUAUAUUUUUUUUUAUUUGAAUAUCCCAAUUAAAUGUACUGGAAUCAAAACUCCUGUAAUGUUGCUUUUUCAUAUGUGAGAGGAAGGACUUAGGAAUUUCAGCUUCUCUAGACCAGUCAUCAGAAAAUCAAAUGCGAUUGAACAAUUUUCUCAGUUUCAUGGAGAGUUGAGGCUCUUUAAGUUUAGUCUGACAGAUAAGAGGAUUGGAGAUUUUAGUUUUGGAAUUUGCAUUUUUCAGCCACAGAAACCUAAAAAAUAUAUAAGCAGCUUAAUCUUGUUCAAGUUAGGUUUUUAAUUAGCAUCCAUGUCUUUUGCUUGAAUUUCAGGAGACUGACUGUCUUAAACAGGAAGUGCAUGAAAUUCAAAUGAAGCUUUCCCCUGACAGUUGGUAUGGUUCAAGUUAUCACAGGCCUGUUUUGUAGGAACACAGUACCCUCAGUGCUUCUGGUUACAAACUCUACUUUUGCACAACUUAAACAGGGUACAUGGAGGUGUUUUUCUAGAUCUUUACUAGUUGAGACUAGUGAAGAUCAAAUCUUUUUAAAAAAAAAAAAAAAGGCAAA